AUGCCCAAACUUUCAAGGGGAACCUUACCCAAGGACGCUGUGGAGCAUUUGAAAAAUUGGCUCUAUGAUCAUUUCCAACAUCCUUAUCCCACCGAGGAUGAAAAAAAUCAGUUGGCACAAGAAACAAAACUCACGACCACUCAGGUGAAUAACUGGUUUAUUAAUGCGAGAAGAAGGUUAUGGAAACCUAUUAUUGAGAAACAAACUCAGAGACAGGCUGCUGAGGCAGCGAAUUCAUCCUCCGAUGGGAAGAAAGAGGAUGAACCAACUGUAAAUAAUGAACCCAACGAGGUUGCUGUCAAGAGAAAGGACCGAAUAGACUCAAACUCUAUGGAGAGCAUCUUCAAAAAACAAAAAGUGUCAGAUGUCGACAAGGUAGACGAUAAUCAGCAACAGAAUACGACAAUUUCCAGAAGAGAUUUUCUACAGCUACACGAUGAAAAUCUUCGUUUAAGAAAUGAUGUACUCGUUCUUCACCAACAAUUGUAUCAUCAAAUAAUGACCUCCGACCAAGCAAGAUCAUUAAGGAAAGAAGGAAUACUCAACUUUGGUGAGAAGAACGACAACAGGAACGGUCCACGAUUCACAUCUCCAAACAUUGAACCCUCGUAUGAAUUCUUCCUUAUUGACAAUCUAUCUUCAACUGACGCAGGCCAUACUGAUAUACUUCCGACAGGAAAACUCUUCGUGGACCAUGUAUUAUUCCCAAAUCUGUCGAGCUUGAAGGAACAUAGUUUUCCAUUGGAGGCAUGCAAACCUAUCUCCCAAUCGGCAGCAGUUCCCUUGCUCAACAAGGUGCUAGAUGCAAGCAAAACCAACGCAAGUGUUGAUAAAGUUAAUGGUGAGAACGUUCCAUCAACCUUCUUGAAAGAACGAAAGGUCAUGCUGUUGGAAUCACCUCCUCCGACCUCUCGAUCUAGAAAAAAGAAGCGUUGA